AUGAGUUUGAGACAGUCUAUGCCAUUAAAAAGCUUCCACAUAUCAAUGGAGACAGCUACCAGCAUGGUCGGUAUCGCUCAAGAUCUUACCUUGGGACAUGAAGAUUUAUCAAUAAUACAUUCCGAUACACGUAUGAGUCGUUUGCAUGGGAGGAUGUGGGCGUCGAAUCAUGGCUAUGGGAAGCUAAAUCAAAUGCACAAGGUGGUAGCAAUUCUUCGAUUUGUUAGUAUCUACUUCGCGUUGGUAUAUUCUGCAAGAAUGCUUUGGAUACACAAAACUUGGAAGGUGCACUGGGUCUACAGGUUAUUGGAAGAAUGGUUUGUUUUACGUCUUGGUUUUGCCUUCAACGACUUUAUGUCAUUUACGAGCUGGAAAAAAAUUAAUAUUCCUAGCUGCUUGGAUGAUUCAACUAGAACUUAUUGUCGAUGUCACGUACUAGAAGCGUUUGAUUGCAUCUCCAAAUCAUCAGUCCAUGAAGCGAUGCCAACCCGACACCGCCAUAUGAUCAAGACAUCUGCCUUCAGUGGCGUUAUUUACCAUUGCAAGACCGCAAACGAUUAUGCCAUAUGGAAUAUUAACAUAAUUAGUAGACAAACUCAGGAUUUAAAAAUGAGAUUUAUUUGA